AUGGCCUCUGUAGUCCGAACAGCGAUCAGAAGGGCAAGGCCCGUUCAUAAUAUUAGGCCGUUCUCCAAUGCGGCGCCACGGAGGUCAGAUGCGCUGUUCGUGCAUCGAGAUACCCCAUACAAUAACCCCAAGAUCCCGUUCAAGUUUACGGACGAGAACCUCAAAGUUGCGGAGGAGACUAUCGCCAAGUACCCACCUCAAUACAAAAAGGCCGCAGUUAUCCCGUUACUUGAUCUCGCACAGCGUCAGAACAAGGGAUGGACAAGCAUCAGCGCGAUGAAUUAUGUUGCUGAGUUGUUGGAGAUGCCUCCUAUGAGGGUGUAUGAGGUUGCUACUUUCUACACAAUGUUCAAUCGCGAGCCGAUUGGAACAAACUUUAUUCAAGUCUGCACGACAACUCCUUGCAUGCUUCGUGGUUCCACAGAAAUCCUCGAAACUGUUAAAUCUCACCUCGGCGGUAUCAAGGUCGGGGACACAACCAAAGACGGUAAAUUCACGCUGGCAGAAGUUGAAUGCCUGGGUGCAUGCAGCAAUGCCCCAAUGUUGGCGAUGAACGAUGAUUUCUAUGAGGAUCUCACUCCCGAGACUACAAAAAAGAUCUUGGAUGCUUUUGCUAAAGGCGAAAAGCCCAAGCCGGGCCCUCAGAGUGGGCGCCAGACGAGCGAAAACUCUGCUGGUCUUACUGCACUCACGAGCAAGCCCUAUGGUCCUGGAGAGCACUGCUCACCCGAAUUCGCAUAG